UUCGCGAGAACGAGAGGAAGCAAACAGCCAAUGAGCGAAGUGGAAGCCUGCGUCACGCUUUUGACGUCUGCUUGGGGACCGUAUAAUAUAUUGAGAAGCGUUUGCAACAUGUUGAGAAAUAUUUUGCUAUUAUGAGUGAGUAGCAAAAUGUGUUGGUGUUGCUUUUCAAAGAUUCAAUUUGGAAUGGAAAACGACUGAAACAAAAUAUUGCGGUUAAUGUCUUCAAAUGGCGCUAGGUGGUGUCGCAGUUUUGCGAAACGUUUAGUGAUGGCGCUAGCCACCACCCCGUUUCAAGCACACGGCGCGAAUUUUGAAGCGGUUGGUUCAGUCGUUCAGUCGAGCACUGGAAGCCAUGGCGCUAAACGUGACAGCACCGGUGAAGGGGCCACGUGUGUCGGAGGCGCAGAGAGAGACGGUGGUCGCCUUCAUGGAAGCGCAUCCCCAGCUGGCUAUAAGAUCCAGCGAGCUGGGGCCGCGCUUCACUGCUGGCGACCGCCGACGGCUGUGGCAGCAGCUAGCCGACCAGCUCAACACUCAAGGCCCCGUUGUGAAAACCACCGAGCAGUGGCAAGAGUGGUGGCGGAAGCAGGUGUUCGAGGCCCGCCGCAACGCUGCCGCACUUGCCCAAGAACAAAGAAGCACAGGAGGGGGGCGGCUACAUGGCUUUCAUGGCCGAGUCCUGGAGCUCACCGGGACGGUCCGCCUCCACGGUGUGACCGACCUCCCCUACCAAGAGCAGGCUGACGUCCCCACCUGCGCGAUGGAAGUCGUCGUCCAAGACGAGGCUGCGGGCGUGAGCACAGCGACACGUAAGCAUCAGAGGAAUGAGUGUUUUAAUUAUCGCCAAUUGUGUGUGCAGUUCGUAAACAUUAAUGUGUUUACUCUACAGCGGCAGAGGAUCCACCGCGCGGCGCGGCGCCUGCCGAAAGGGUGGCCGCUGCACCUGGUAAGUUAUUGA